CUCCAGUUUUGCAACACGUGCACGUGCACCUGUCAAAGUCCCGUGCUUGCCUCUGCGACCUUCCUCCCACUUAUAAGCUCGACGUCCCUUUCGUCCGGAGACUCGGAUUUCGCCACCUCCUGCUUCCAUUCACCUUCGAGUUUUGCGUUGCCAUCUUUUCGUCAUAUCGCCAGUUUUCAUUUGUCUCUGCAGAUCUGAGUACGGGUCGCAAUCCAAGUCGCUGCUCUACUCCUUUGUUAUUACCUUUAGGUCGAAGAUCUCGAACUUUUUUUGAAAAUGGCCGGCAACCAGUACAAGGACUCAUACAACACCGCAGCCGAUAAGACAGAGAAGGCGAAAGCUGCCGGACAAGAGAAAGCUGACCAGGCUCAAGACCAUGCCUACAAUUUGAAGGAGAAUGUGAAGGAGAAAGCUGAUAACGCUGGCCAGAAAAUCUCAGAGUCUGCCCAAGCUGCCAAGGACAAGGCAGGGCAUGCAUGGGAGCAAACCAAGAGAAGUGCUUCUGAGACUACUGAAGCUGCCAAGGAUAAGGCAAACGAAGCUGGUUCCACAGCCCAGAAGAAGGCGGAGGAGGCAGCCGAUGCUGCGCAGGCCAAAAAGGACGAGUCCAAGCAAAGCGCCUCUGAGACCAGCCAAGCAGCUAAGGACAAGGCCGUACAAUUGGGGGACAAGGCUGCCGAGAAGAAGGACGAGGGUAAAAAGUCUGCCUCAGAAGCUGGGCAGGAGGCAGGAGAGAAGGCUGAAGUGGGUAAGGAGAAAUCUGCCACCUUCCUGCAGCAGGCAACUGAGACCGUUAGGGGCGCAUUCCAGGGUGUUGCGGACUCUCUCAAGAAGUAAGCCUCAUAUUGGUGUACAGACAAAUUCAUAGGUGUAAAAGGAACAGAUGAAGUUGUUAAAAUUGCCAUCACCAUAUGAAAUACGUCGCAGAAGAAGAAUGUUUGCAGUCAGUCGGAAGAUUAGAUUUGACAGUGACCUGUAUUGUUCAGGUAGUAGCUAGUUUACAUUAGAUAUAUGUACAGUUAAAGCAGCAGCCUGCUGUCGGAUUAUUUACUACAACGGGUUUUGUUACCAUAACACUCUCUACGUCUCCCGUCCAAUGUUCAACGUGCUUGUGAUUUCGAUUGGC